UUUUCUCCUGAGCCUUCUUUAUGACCUCAGCAGCCUCCAAGCAGUUCCCUUCUUCCACAUCUACUCCCAGACCUUUGGUAAUUACCAUGGGGAUGGGGUGCUGGGAGAGGGAGCUGUCCUCUUACUCCCUUCAGCUUCCUCCCGUAGACACGACUCCAGGAAGCAACCUACAUGCCCAUCGACGGAGGAAUGGAUAAAGAAGAUGGGGCACAUACGUACAAUGGAAUAUUACUCAGCCAUCAAAAAGGAUGAAAUAGGGCCAUUUGCAGCAAUAUGGAUGGACCUAGAGAUUGUCAUACUGAGUGAACUAACAGCUAUACCACUCUGCUGGGAGGACGAGGGUGCUGAAGAGGGUGGAACUGCCCCUCCUACCUUGAAUCAGUUUACGACUUCAGGCUGCUACCUGCAAACACUGGUGAUUGAUCGAUCCCCUGUUGUCUUUCUGGCUGGACUGGGACCACACCUCAGGAACAAACAAUGUCUUGGGCAACUGGCACCAUCAGCUGUGUUGGCAUAACAGCAUGAAAUCUGUUUGUUAUUCCUGCAAAGCCAAGGAAGAAAGGUCUGAAACAGGAAAGCCUCAUUAUCCGAAGGUAACUUGUCUUGGAAAAAGCCCACUUAAGCUUCGCCUCGCUGGACAUCUUUGAAUCUUCGGGAGCUCCGAGCGGUCGAUCACUCAGAUGAUGAGGCCUCUUUGGUUGCCACAUCAGACCAUGUGGGAGACUAGAAUUCCACUGAGGACACUUUGGGAAACACUGAUCUACAACUUACUUCUAGAACUCCAGGACUGUGACUGGUCACUCCAUAUCAAGGUCAACGGGCAGGAGAAAUUAACGAUGGAAAGAGUUCAGGACAAACAUCUCCAGGCCUUCAGGAUAAUUCCUUCAGCAGCACCGCUGUAACAGAAGAUCUGGCUAUAGGAGGAAUGCGUUAUCUAGUCUCAUGGUUAAAGCUUUCGAUUGGGACGACUAACACCGUUCAAACAUGGAAUGAAGGAGUGAAUAUUUUACUCAAGGCCAGCAUGCAUGGUGUGACGAAGACACGGUCUCUCUGCAUGAAGAUCAGACUGACUGCUCUAGUCUCAGAGAUGAAGAUGAUAAAGAAAAUUAUCCCGAUGCCGGGGCUCCGCUAGAGGAGCUUGUGCCGUCCCGCGAGCCGCCGCAGCAUGUAGAGCAGCCCGCGAGGCUGGACGUGCUGCGACCCAGCAUGGGCAACUUCAAGUCCCGGAAGCCCAAGUCCAUCUUCAAGGCCGAGAACGGGAGGAGCCACGGAGAAAGUCAGGAGACAGAGCAUGUGGUACCCAGCCAGUCAGAGUGUCGGGGGAGAACAGGAACGCCAGCUCAGGAGAGUCCACAAAACCACACCUUCAGGUGCCAAGAAACCGUGCGAGCUCAACGAAGAAUAGACCAGAGGGCGGCUGUGUGGCCAAAGGAUGAAACUCGGCAGGACCUCAAUGAGGAAGAAGCCGCUCAGGUGCACGGAGUCAAGGAUCCAGCCCCGGCGUCCGGCCAGAGCGCCCCUGCUGAGGGGGCCGAUGCCACAGACCCUGUGCCAGUGCACAAAGAUGUGCAGAGUGAAGCGGACAGUGCACCAGAAGACCUCCAGUCUGUUGAGACUAGCAGGCUGCUCUAUCACAUCACUGAUGGUGACAACCCGCUUCUGUCACCACGAUGCUCCAUCUUUAGCCAAAGCCAGAGAUUCAACUUAGACCCUGAAUCAGCCCCUUCUCCACCCAGCACUCAGCAGUUUAUGAUGCCCCGAAGUUCUUCUCGGUGCAGCUGUGGUGAUGGCAAAGAGCCACAGACCAUUACCCAGCUCACCAAGCACAUCCAGAGCCUGAAGCGGAAAAUUCGGAAAUUUGAAGAAAAAUUUGAACAAGAAAAGAAAUACCGGCCUUCACAUGGUGACAAGACAUCUAAUCCUGAAGUCCUGAAAUGGAUGAAUGAUUUGGCUAAAGGUCGUAAACAGCUCAAAGAACUAAAGCUGAAGCUGUCAGAAGAACAAGGGAGUGCUCCCAAAGGCCCACCGAGAAAUCCAUCCUGCGAGCAACCCGCAGUCCCCCGAGAGAAUGGGAAGCCGGAAGCUGUGGGCCCUGAGCCAGGCUCCUCUGGAGAGGAGACUCCAGAUGCUGUGUUGACAUGCGUGAAGGAGAAGAGAGAGCAGCUUCCUUCUCAGGAGGUUUCUAAGGUAACUAAGCAAGACAAGAACCUCAUAAAGCCUCUUUAUGACAGAUACAGAAUUAUCAAGCAAAUCUUGUCCACGCCUUCCCUUAUUCCAACAAUUCAGGAGGAAGAAGACUCUGAUGAAGACUGUCCACAGGGAAGCCAACAACUUUCUUUGCCAAACCCAGCAUCCCACCUUCCUAUUGGCGACCACCUCACCUACUCUAAUGAGACUGAGCCUGUUAGGCUCCUGCUACCAGAUGAAAAGAAAGAAAUCAAACAACCAGCUCUCUCCAUGUCCAAUUUACAUGAGGCCACCAUGCCUGUACUUCUUGACCAUCUCCGAGAAACUAGGGCUGACAAGAAGAGACUUCGGAAAGCCUUAAGAGAAUUUGAGGAACAGUUUUUUAAACAAACAGGAAGAAGUCCACAAAAGGAAGAUAGGAUACCAAUGGCAGAUGAGUACUACGAAUACAAGCAUAUAAAAGCCAAACUGAGACUAUUAGAGGUCCUCAUCAGCAAGCAAGAUGUGGCCAAAACUAUUUGAGGUUCAGGAAAUGUUUGUGAUCACUUUGACCCAAGAUAAGUCAAGUUUAUUUUCCUCUGCCGUUCUUGCUAAGUAGUUAUGACAAAUGAAAAUUGAAGCACUUUAGUGUAUUAGCUGUUUUUAAGAAUGGAUGGCAAGUGUAAUUAUAAAUGAGUAGAAGGGAUUAAAAAGGGAAGAGAUACAACAAGGAACAGUAUAAUUGGAAAAUAAAAUUCAGUCUUCUCCAGGCCAGGGAGAAAAUGCACAGUCAAUAUAAUUAUUUCAGAAAACAUCUAUUUUAUCAAAUCUAAAUAACACAAAGCAUCCACCUGUUAAAUGGGCUACUGGUUAAGAAAGUCUACUUAGUGUCCAAAGAUUGCUUAUAUUGACAUAUGGAAAAGAGCAUAAUUUUAAAAAAUCAGUAAGAGGAAGAAAAGAAACUUUAUUUUAUGUAGGAAGGAAUACAGCUAGUAAGAAUGUAAUUUAUUUGAAACUUCUAAUAGAUUUUUAAGUGAUAAAAAAAAUCUACUACCUUGUUCCUUAAAUCUGCUAGGCUUUCAGCACCCUAAAAUAUACGAGAAUGUGUCACUGAUAAUUUUUUAUUUCUAUAUAAAAAUAGCACAUUAUUUUAUCUGUUACUUAAAAUUUUACAUUUCUGAUUACCAAAGUUCAUUCUGAUAGCAUGUACUUUGUGAAUUAUCUUUGUCUCUAUAACAGAUGUUUAUAUUAAAAUAAAAUAUUAUAUUAAAAUUUGAAAAUAGGUAUUUUGGAUAGAUGUGUCUGUAGUAUAUAAUCUAAUGUGAUCAUAGUUAUGAUUGCUAAUCUUUGUUUACUAUAAGAUUAUAUAACUAUUUUUCCAUUGGAAAUUUUUUUUUUAAUGUUCCAAGGUCUAUACUUUGUGAAGUCAAAAAACUUUCCCAUGAACUAUAUAGUUGUUCUCCAUUCUGUAUAAAAUGAAAGGUUUAGAAAUUGUUGCUAUGACACCUUGGGAAAGAAGCCAGGAUAUUUUAUUUGCUUCAUCCACUUUAGCGUGUGCAGUUUUGUACUAAACCAAUCACCUGUUUAUUACUUUUGCUUUUGUAAAACUAAGUAAGAGGUCUACAUUUUCUCUUGUACCAACCAUGUUUAUAUUUCUCUUUUCUGUAAUGUUUAAGCAUGGUGUUGAACACAUUCACACUUUCACAUAGUUUGGAUGGGAAGAAUAUUGACUAUUUCUGAAGCAGACUAUUUCAGAGGCUUGUUGUUUUCUCUGUAUUUACCUGAUAUUUUAUAAAUCAGAAUAAUGUCCUUCAUAAAUUUGUUUAAUUAAAGUCAUCUACUUGUAACAGAACAGAUACACAACUAUUUGAGGUUUACAAACUACAUCUUUGAUAAGGGAAAUGGUUUCGUGACAUGUAUACAAUUGCUAUUAAAAUGUAACUCUAUAUAUUCUAUAAGAUUGUAAAUAUUUUAUACAAUACAAAUAAAAUAUUUUUCUAUUAUAUUUAUUAUGUUGAAA